CCUCUCACGAGACUCGCGACAACCUCGACAGAGCAGAAGAAUCAUGCAGUGGCGCUUCUGCUCCUCUCACUUUUUUCGCCAUACGUAUAGAUAUACGUGUAUAACACACAAGUGACACACAUUAUAUAUUCAGUUUCAGACUUCAGUAUACUCCCGAGUCGCGGUUGGUGGUGCGCGCAACCUGUGUGUUUUUAGGUUAGGUUUCUCGCAGACGUCGUCGACGAAGUUUUUUCCUCGUCGUUCCCCGUCUCUCCCUCUCGAAGAUGCUCGACCUCUUCACGAUCUUCAGCAAGGGCGGCAUCGUCCUCUGGUGUUUCCAGAGCACCGCCCAGAUAUUCACCCCGAGCGUGAACGCCCUCAUCAAGAGUGUCAUCCUCCAGGAAAGAACAGGAAACCAAGUAUUUGAACACGAUUCCUUGCGGCUACAGUACAAGUUGGAUAAUGAAUUUGAAUUGGUUUUUGUGGUGGCAUAUCAAAAGAUACUGCAGUUAUCCUACGUUGACAAGUUUCUAAAUGAUAUUCACUUGGAGUUCAGAGAUCGCUUCAAAAAUGAGCUGCAGAAUUCAAAAUGGUUUUUCAAUUAUGACUUCAAGAAAACCUAUGAACAAGUGCUGGUACUGGCCGAACAAUGGGGAAAAUCACAGGCUAAAAUUCCCAAACAAAUGAGGACUUUUGAUGAAAGUUUCAAGUCCAAGAAGACUGUUGCUAGUAUGAUAGAAAGAAAAGAUGACAAAGAAAAUAAAAAACAAAGUAAAAAAAAGAGAGGGACCAAUGAUGCUGAUGAAGGUCAACACAAACCCAUUGAAGUGCCUAAAGUACCAGACUCUCCUAAGCCUGCUACUGUUCAAAAUGGUGUUCUGGAUGAAGACAUUUUGCUUGCUAAUCGCUUGAAACUGGCUCAAAAAAUGGCCUCUGGUCCAAAAAAGAAGGCUGACAAGCAGAAAAGUCCAAAACCAGAGAAAGCUGGUAAGAAGCCCAGAGUGUGGGAACUUGGUGGAACCAAUAAGGAUCUCGCUAAUUUAGAACGUACUAAAGAUAAACCAGACGACACUGGGGAAUACGUAGCGGCUGAUACGACUAUUAUCGGUCAAAUGAAAGGUGGGAUUCGGGAUCUUGAGGUCGAAAGCGAUUCCGAAGAAGACGACGACUCUGACGAGCCAGAAAUCGAGCAAGUCAAGACUCAAUCUCAAAAGAAAUCUGGUGGUGUGUUCUCCAUAUUUAAAAAUCUAGUAGGAAAUAAGGCUCUUAAAGAGGAGGACAUGCGUCCAGUUUUGGAGAAGCUCAAGGAUCACCUGAUUUCGAAGAAUGUCGCUGCCGAGAUCGCUCAAAAACUCUGCGACUCCAUCUGCGUUAAACUUGAGGGCAAGGUUCUUGGUACGUUCGACAGCGUAGCCAACACCGUGAAAGCGUCGUUAACUGACGCUCUAGUACAAAUUCUGUCGCCGAAGCGCCGCGUCGACAUCCUGCGUGACGCCUUUGAGGCCAAAAAGAACGGCAGGCCUUACGUUAUGGCUUUCUGUGGUGUCAAUGGAGUUGGAAAGUCCACUAACUUGGCUAAGAUCUGCUUCUGGUUGAUCGAGAACAACUUUAGAGUACUGAUUGCUGCUUGCGAUACCUUCAGGGCUGGCGCUGUAGAGCAGUUAAGAACUCAUAUGAAGCACCUGAACGCGCUUCACCCGCCUGAGAAGCACGGAAAUAUGACGAUGGUGCAGCUCUAUGAGAAAGGAUACGGAAAGGACGCAGCAGGUAUAGCGAUGGAGGCAAUUCGCUUCGCGACGGACUCGCGCUUUGACGUCGUGUUGGUUGACACGGCCGGCCGUAUGCAGGACAACGAGCCGCUGAUGCGCGCCCUCGCCAAACUGAUCAAGGUCAACGAGCCGGAUCUUGUAUUGUUCGUAGGCGAGGCGCUCGUCGGUAACGAAGCCGUCGAUCAACUCGUCAAAUUCAAUCAGGCUCUCGCCGACUACAGCAACUCGACCAAUCCUCACAUCAUCGACGGUAUCGUCCUCACUAAAUUUGAUACCAUUGAUGACAAGGUUGGUGCAGCCAUAUCUAUGACGUACAUCACCGGCCAGCCGAUCGUUUUCGUCGGCACAGGUCAGACUUAUACGGACUUAAAGUCCCUGAACGCAAAGGCUGUGGUCCACGCUUUGAUGAAGUGAACACGUUACCUAUUUCUAUUAUAAAUCUAUUUAGGCUAAAAUUCAUUGAAUUGCUGUUGAAUUUCAUUGAUAUAUUUAUUAUACAAGUUCGAUAAGCAAUUUUUCAAUGUCUUCUUCGUCGAACUUAAUGAAUUAUAUAUAUAUGAUGGAAAAUCAAUUGAUGUUACAUAGGAAAAAAAGUCGAUUCUCGAGGAUCGCGUUACUUUUUUGUACAAUUGACGUGGGAAACGGGAGUCGAUCCUUGAGCGACUACCCUACUAUUACGUGGAGUUGGAGCAGCUUGAUCAAGUGUUGAUUUGAAUCACCGUUGUUUUACUAUACAGCAUAUUUAUUGUAAAGCUAGAGUUAAGAGAGAAUUUUAUAGUAAAUCCUAUAUAUAUUAAAAAAUAUUUAUCGAUUACAUCAAA